GUACAUGGGAAUAGGACUCUCUGCCCAAGGUGUCAACAUGAACAGACUUCCUGGUUGGGAUAAGCAUUCCUAUGGCUAUCAUGGCGAUGAUGGACACUCCUUCUGCUCAUCAGGGACAGGGCAGCCCUACGGCCCCACGUUCACUACUGGCGAUGUAAUCGGCUGCUGUGUGAACCUCAUCAACAACACCUGCUUCUACACAAAGAAUGGGCACAGUUUAGGUAUAGCCUUCACAGACCUUCCUGCCAAUCUAUAUCCCACUGUGGGGCUCCAGACACCCGGAGAGAUUGUGGAUGCCAACUUUGGGCAACAGCCAUUUGUGUUCGACAUUGAAGACUAUAUGAGAGAGUGGCGAGCAAAGAUUCAGGGCACGAUUAAAAGGUUUCCCAUAGGUGACCGGCUAGGGGAAUGGCAAGCCAUGUUACAGAACAUGGUCUCUUCCUAUCUGGUACAUCAUGGAUAUUGUGCUACAGCAACCGCCUUCGCCCGUGUGACGGAAAGUACAGUCCAAGAGGAACAGAUCUCCAUAAAGAACAGACAAAGAAUACAAAAGCUGGUUUUGGCAGGAAGAGUAGGUGAAGCCAUUGAAGCAACACAGCAGCUCUAUCCAGGCCUUCUAGAGCACAAUCCUAACCUCUUGUUCAUGUUAAAGUGCCGGCAGUUUGUGGAGAUGGUGAAUGGAACAGACAGCGAAGUGCGCUUUUUCAGUACCCGCAGCCCCAAAUCACAAGACAGCUACCCGGAUUCCCCCAAUCUGAGCCCCCGGCAUGGCUCCAAUAAUUUGCACAUCCACGUCACUGGAGCAGACAGCCCAAGCUGUAGCAAUGGGGUGACCUCCCUAAAAAGCAAGCAGAGCCACAGUAAAUAUCCUGCACUGAGUUCGUCCUCCUCCUCCUCUUCUUCAUCAUCCCCUUCCUCCGUGAACUACUCGGAGUCCAACUCAACAGAUUCUACCAAAUCCCAACAACACAGCAGCACUAGCAACCAAGAAACCAGCUCUCCUCCCCUCUCCCUGUCUCAUGACCUCCAUCCUCUUCAUUCAAGUGACAGUGAGAUGGAGAUGGAGGCGGAGCACUAUCCCAACGGAAUCCUGGAGAAUUCAGCCACCCGAAUAAUGAAUGGCACUUACAAGCAUGAAGAAAUUCUACAGACUGAUGAUUCCAGCAUGGAAGACGGCUGCCCACAGAGGCAACUCUGUGGAGGGAACCACGCUGCCACCGAGCGGAUGAUCCAGUUCGGGCGGGAACUCCAGAUCCUCAGCGAGCAGCUAUGCAGAGACUACGGCAAGAACACAGCCCACAAAAAAAUGUUACAGGAUGCAUUCAGCUUGUUAGCCUAUUCUGAUCCUUGGAACUGUCCAGUCGGUCAGCAGCUGGAUCCAAUCCAGAGGGAGCCGGUGUGUGCUGCACUCAAUAGCGCUAUUUUGGAGUCUCAGAACCUGCCAAAGCAGCCCCCCCUGCUGCUCGCCCUGGGCCAGGCCUCGGAGUGCUUGCGACUCAUGGCGCGCGUGGGCCUGGGCUCCUGCUCCUUCGCCAGAGUGGACGACUAUUUGCACUAGCCACUGAGUGAGGCAGAGUGACCC